AUGGAUGACAGCAAUUAUGACUUGGAGGAUAUUCCGUUGGUAAUGGACAUACGACCUUACAUGUUCGAACCUCCAGCAGAGUGUGUAAAUCAAGAAAAUUCUCCGCAAAGUAGCGAAGAAAGCGAGUCUGACACCGAGGACAACCCAUGUCAUCGACGGAACGGAACGAUUUGGUGCGAGUGUGGAUCAUGCGAUGUAAUGCCCACUGAAGCAGAGUGCAUUUGGUGCUCAGAGAUACCAGCCAUUGACCACAUCAGAGACUCCUUCGAUAUAGAGUGCAUCACUCAGCACCAAACAUUUAUAGACAACUGCUUGAACAUUCGAGUUUUAGAGGUCAGCCUUUAUGACUAUAUCCAGUCUGAUGGGCCCAUUGAUGACAAUGAACCAAUUAAUGAAGUCUACAGAUAUGUUGCAUACAGGAGGUUUGUCUUAUGGGUUUGGCAGCGACUAGGCAAGGGGAAUCGAAAAAUCCUUCCAGCAUGUGUUGUUUCCAAGAUAAGGGACACCUUCCCGUCGGAGCAGUAUACCGGUUUCAAGUAUCCGUGCCCUUUUUAGAACACUCAAUGACUGAACCUGGAACGACGCGUAGCUAUCAGAUCUUUUUUUACAAAGCCCUCAAAUCCUAACGUCAUUGCUGGCGGGCAAUAUCCAAGGGACACGUGAGCGUCAUCAUUGGAGUGA